ACUUGUGUGGCUGGGGUCGCGUUCCCCCACGACGGGUUUGGGGUCGUGCCCCGGGUGUGCGCUUGCGGGGCCGUCUGCUGGGGUGGCUCACCUGGCAGUUUGGGUGAGCGGCGCGGAGGCGGCGGCGGCGGGAGCCAGAGCGGGGAGCAGGUUUCAGCCCUUGUACAUUCCAGAAUCCAGUAUUUCCGAACGUCUACGGACAAGUGCACGUGAUUAUUGUGUCACCGAAGCUCCCACCGAACAGAGACUUAGAUCCUUGCCAAGUUUUCACCGAUGGCGCCUGAUUUAUGUUUCCCCUCUGCUUCGUUGUGUACACCGGUGUAAAAGCUUUAUAACACCUGUCAGCCACAUUACCUUAUAGAUACUCUGGGCCACAUGUUGCCAUACAAGGGGCAUUUUGAGGUUACGGCAGGAGCCAGUAACUUUCCAAGUGGUGAGGCAUCCAUCAUCCCUGUGUACUUGAAGAAUGGAUGAUGAUGAUUUUGGUGGUUUUGAGGCUGCAGAGAUUUUUGAUGGUGGAAAUGGUGAAACCCAAACUACGUCUCCUGCUAUUCCUUGGGCUGCUUUUCCUACAGGUACUACUAUGCAUAUCUGGAGUCCAUCUUUCUCCAGCUUCUCCUGAGAUUAUACUGGACCAUGACCGCUCUUCUCCUUCAGUUGGCUGCCUGUCUUCGGAACCCAUCAUUUCAUCACCAGAGAAUACACACACAGAUGACAGCAUUGUCAGUCAAACUGUUCCUAAAGCACAGAUUCAGCAAUCAACACACACUCAUCUGGAUAUCUCACUUUUUCCAUUGGGUUUAAAUGAUGAGAAAAGUAAUGGAACAAUUGCCCUUGUGGAUGAUUCUGAGGAUCUUGGAGCCAAUGUAUCAAACAUACAGCUUCAGCAGAAAAUUUCAAGUCUGGAGAUUAAACUCAAAGUUUCUGAAGAAGAAAAACAGAGGAUUAAAAAGGAUGUGGAAUCAUUGAUGGAAAAGCAUAGUGUCUUAGAAAAAGAUUUCCUUAAAGAAAAAGAGCAAGAGGCCAUAUCUUUUCAAGAUAGAUACAAAGAACUUCAGGACAAGCAUAAACAAGAAUUGGAAGACAUGAGGAAAGCUGGUCAUGAAGCUCUCAGCAUUAUUGUGGAUGAAUAUAAGGCACUACUGCAGUCUUCAGUUAAGCAACAAGUAGAAGCUAUUGAAAAACAGUACAUUUCUGCAAUUGAGAAACAAGCACACAAGUGUGAAGAGUUGUUAAAUACUCAGCAUCAGAGGCUCCUUGAAAUGCUAGAUACAGAGAAGGAACUGUUAAAAGAAAAGAUAAAGGAAGCUUUGAUUCAACAGUCUCAAGAACAGAAGGUAAUAUUGGAAAAAUGUUUGGAGGAAGAAAGGCAAAGAAAUAAAGAGGCUUUAUUGUCUGCUGCAAAGCUUGAGAAAGAAGCAAUGAAGGAUGCAGUUUUAAAAGCCAUAGAAGAAGAAAGAAAAAAUCUGGAAAAAGCCCAUGCUGAAGAAAGGGAGUUAUGGAAGACUGAACAUGCAAAAGAUCAAGAGGAAGUAUCUCAGGCAAUUCAGAAAGCAAUACAAGAACAGAGAAAAAUAAGUCAGGAAACUGUUAAGGCAGCAAUAAUAGAAGAGCAGAAGCGAAGUGAAAAGGCUGUGGAAGAGGCAGUGAAAAGAACAAGAGAUGAAUUGAUAGAGUAUGUAAAAGAACAGAAAAGACUUGAUCAAGUCAUCCGCCAAAGAAGCCUGUCCAGUUUGGAACUGUUCCUCUCUUGUGCUCAGAAACAGUUAAGUGCUUUAAUAGCUACAGAACCAGUUGACAUUGAAUAAAGAGAACAUGACAAGCAAACCCACACUGGCAAUGGAUAAAUCAUUAGACCUCUAAAAUACAUGCUGUGAAUUCUAAAGAUGCUUUUGUUUUCUUUCCAAACCUUGGAGAAUUGAUUUCCACUUCAAGGGUAAACUAAACCAAUAUUUAGAAGAACUAUCACAAGAUCUGAUUUAUUUUCUCUUGUUUUCUCCUCUACAUUUACUGUUAUUUUCAUAGUAGUAGGAGUAGCAGCAGCAACAGAAAAUAAAAUGUGACCCAAAAACCAUUGAAAAUUGCCACAUUACCAAAAGUUAAUUAAACUUCAUAUUCUCUGGUGGCCUAUUACAUAGUAUUUGGUAAAAGUAGUAAAUACCUUUACUUAUUGCUUCACAGUGGCUCCUGAUAAGAUUCUGGAAUGUAGCCAUACAUUUAUUUGAUUUUGCGGAUAAACAGCAUGGAUUUCCACAUCACUAAUUUAUCUGUGUAACUGGGAUAUAAAACACUGACAUGACAGAGUCAUUCUGAUAUUACCAAACCCCUUUUCUAUAGAGGGAUCUAUGUAUUUUCAUUGGUAGUGAUUAAAAAUACUGAACAUUAUUAUAUUAAUUCAGCUUUGAUCUGAUGUACCACUUAAAGGGGUAUGUGUGUGAUAUAUAUGCUUAUUUCCUGUUUUUGUUCUUCGGAUCACUAUAAAUCAAUAAAAUCAUUUUUCUUAUUAAUCCUAUCAUGAACUUAAUCUCUAGAAAGAUAAUAUAACUUAGCCAUUUAUAGGAAUUCAGGUUCAAUAUAAAAGAUAUGAAAUCCUUUCCCAUUACUUCAGAAUGUAUUUAAAUUAUGAGCAGUGUACUUUAAUGCAAAAUCAUGAGUCUUUUUAACAUCAGAAUUAAAAUGCUGUCAUUAAAAUGUAUGCAAACAUUUUGUCUUGUUUUCUGAAAUACUUCUAUUUCCAUGGGCUUUGUACUUUUCUGGGAUUUCUCAAUCUAAUAAAAAGAACUCCAAAAGCUUA